UUUGUGACCGCGGGAAAUAUGGCCGAAGUAUCAUAGAAGUACAGUCAAGAAUAAAAAUGAACUGAGGACGAUAUUUUGGUUUUUUGUUAGAGUCCAGCCAAGCCGUCACGCUGGAUGCAGAUGAUAUGAUUGCGGCCUGUUUUACCCAGGAUUUUGUGCCCUUUGGUAGGGAGUACAGUCGGCGGCAUCCUGGGACAUUCCAACUGCAGGUCCAAAAUACUGUCAGUGCCGAGCAUGGGGUGCCACUCCUCAAGUCCUUCCGGGACAUCUCCAUACAGGAACAUAACAAGAAGGAACAAUGGCUAUUCCACCAGAUUCCCCAUGAGGUAAACCAGGAUUUGUGUGAUGAAGAGUUGUAUUUCAGUGGCAACACUGUCGUCUGGAGCAGGGGUGGACAGAAUGGUGCACGCUCCAUUGUCAAAACAUUCACUGUGGACACGCCAGUGGUUCAGGCCCUAUGGAGUAACUUCAUCCUGCCAGCCUCAGGGGUUCCAGAAGAGACAGCAGGAUUCAGUCCACAAGGUGAACUACAGAGUGGUGUCUGUGUGGUGGAGUCGGGGUCAAUCAGCUUCUUCAUAGAGAAGGGAGGGGAGUACAAUAUUGCCCUUCCAUUCCAGGUUGCAAGUACGUGGAUGAUAGAAAAUGGACUUUUGUUUGAGAGGACUGUAUCACCCACAGAAAUAGCCACCGGCAAAAGAAAUUCCCCCAGCCAGACGACAGUGUUCAGCAUGUUACACCCGUUGGACGAGGUAGCUCCAGUCAUCACCAAAACAUCAAGUUCUGGUGGCUGUCCCAAGAUUUCUUACCUGACUGACAACACACAGCAUAUCAUCUUCACCAGUGUGGAACCCUCGCUGGUGUUUACCUACGACACGAUGGUGGGCGUCCACUCAGCCUGGCGGGUCCGCAAGGCCAGGCUAGAUGAGUGCAACACGGUGUGUGGUUUGUUAGAGAACAGUUUUUACCACCCUGCUGCCAUGGCAACCCCCAUGGGGAUGAACCAGUCCAGCUCCAGCCACUCGCGUUUCAUUGGCAGUCUGUCAGCCCAGUCCCCGAGUAUCUCUCCAAUGAGGAGCUUCUCUGGCCGGGUCAGCUCCCCCGCUAUCAUUCCUGGUCGCUCUCAGAGCCUCAGCCCAGCUGUUGGCAGUAUGGCUGCUGUAAGCCGUUCUCAGUCCCCAGCCCUGGGGCUCACUUCCAUGCACCGCCUCCUGUCCCCUUCCCCCAGUGUGGCCCGUAGCCCUGGGAACUACUUCCGUACUCCGCCUGUAGGCUCCCACAAUGUGUCGCUCAUUAACGAGAGCUACACAGACUGGGUGGAGCCCCUUAAGCCUGAGGUGUGCUUCGAGCACUUGUGGACGGAACCUGCACCUGCCAUCAGAGAUGGAUCCCUGGGGAAGUCAUCAAAAGCGUUCCUGACACGAGAUCUGUGUGGACAGCAGUACCUGUGUUAUGUGAUAUCAUACAGGCAACAGCUACGUUGUGUGAAAUUUGAGGAGAGUAACGACCUAAGUCAGCUGAUCUUCGGGACGGUGGCAGUCAUACCAGCUAAGGAUGCUGUCCCUAUUGAGAGCCUGGAUCUGUUGGUGUUGCUGGACCCGACAGGUGCCCUGUGGGUGUAUAGUGGAACCACUAAGAUUAAUCGUCUCCAUGUGCCGACCCUGCCAUUAGGGUCAAGCUCACUGAGCAUGCUAAGGACAACCACACCAAUCAACAGUCCCAGUAGAGGCGGCUACUUUACCUCCUCCAGACCCCCCAGUGCCAUGGAGGCUGGUUUUGAUGAAGAGAUGACCCAGAUGUCCCCAGUACCGACAGAGUUAGAGGACUCUUCCCAGUUCGACGAGUUUCCUAUGCAGACCAGUUUUAUACAGGGCAUCAAGGACAAUGUUGGGCCACGAUUCACAAUAGAGCUGAUGAACAACCACCUGUGCAGGGCCACCAUGCCCACCAUCACGUCGUCACCAGGAAUUGAGAUGUGUCUGCAGGCCUUGAAGCACAUGCUGCCCAAAGACCUGGCCAUUUCAAUAUUAGGGAAAUGGUACACAGCAAGAAAUACCCCUGGAGGGCUGGGCAACCAAUCAGAAUGGAGCUUGUUUUCUAGGUGUUUGUUAGGCAUGAUGGGGUAUGACACCACCCGACUUGCUCUCACUAACAAGCAUGAGAUGGACACAUCAAUGUCUCCCGUUGUGGCGGUCAAGCGGCCGAAGCAGUCUGACCAGGGCUCUGAUGAUGACUGGGAAGGCCUGCUCUCCUCGUCCCACCACCAGUACACAACACAGUGUAUGGACCCCACCCUGGGCCUCAGCCUCUGUACAGCCAUCCCUGAUGCUUCCUCGUACUCGAAGCCCUGUGCCAUCAACACCAGUGCUGUUCUGUUCCCUCACAUCCCCGCGGUCAUGAUGGGGCUACAUCUUAUCUACGAGGAGAUGAAGCUCAACACACUCCUGGUGGAGGAUGUGGAGAAACUGGUUCCAAUUCUCUACCAGAUAGCUAGUGACUUGAAGUGCACCAACUACACAGACUAUUACUGCAGAGAUUUCCAGCAUCUGUUUGAUGCUGUAGAUGAUGUUAGUCAGAUUACAGAAGAUCACCUCCACAAGAUGGUGUACCCUGGAGUGUUUAAUCAGUUUGUACCCUCAGUUUUACACUGGCUCCAGUCCAGUCAAAGGGGAGACGACCCUGGGGCACUCCCCUAUAUACCCGGUGUCUGUAACAACAUCAAAAAUGUGAUAUCGCUGUAUGCAUUGCUAUUGAAGCGAGACCUGACCACAGAGCAGGCCAUAGACAAAUGUCUACGACGGGUCGCUCCAGCAGGUCACCGAGCACCCACCUGUGAUUUAUCCAUGUCUAGGAGUUUCUCCAGAAGUUUCUCUAUAUGUGUGCCCAGUGCGAGUGUACCAGAGAGGAUAGUCCUUUAUAUGACAGAAAUUGGUAUGACCAAUCAGGACCUUGAAUACUUGCCUGUUGGGAUCUCCCUUCCUAUACGGGAAGCAAUAUUUCACUGCAGAUGUAACGCACCUUCUGAUUGGACAGAACAAGCAUACACGUUGAUAGGGAGGCAAGACCUGUCCCAGCUACUGGGGAUGGAAAACAAGAAGCCUCAAGCUCCCCCGGGGAUCUACACCAAACAACCCCACCCACAAUCCAAGCGCUCUAAGGAGGAGGAGGAUGGUAUGGAACACUUGGAUGAGGAGUUGCUGAGACUGCGGUUCAGUGAAGACCUACGAGUACAGGAGGUGCGUAGGUUGUUACAAUCUUCACGUCCCGCCAGGAUAGCCCUAGUACAACGCCCUGAGGUCAGUGAUCACGACUUCAUUGAGGAACAAGAAAAGCAUUUGUAUUCCAUUUGUAUAAGGACCAUGGCUCUUCCUGUAGGCAGAGGCAUGUUCACCCUGUCAACGUAUCACCCCUUACCCACAGAGGCCAUCCCUAUCCCCAAGCUGUGUCUGACAGGCAAAGCACCUCCCAGAAAUGCAACUGUCGACCUUACCCAUAUAGACACGCCAGCAAACAUGUCAGCCUGGCCCCAGUUCCACAACGGUGUGGCGGCUGGACUGCGGAUAGCCAACUCGUCACAGGUAGAUACCACCUGGAUCAUAUACAACAAGCCAAAGAGUAACGAGUUCACCAACGAGUACGCUGGCUUCCUCAUGGCACUGGGUCUGAAUGGUCAUCUCAACCUCAACACUCUCAAUAUCCACGAUUACCUCAGCAAGGGCCAUGAGAUGAUUACUGUGGGACUUCUCCUGGGAAUGGCUGCAGCCAAGUAA